AGAUUGCGAUCAGCUCGUCGCGUAUUACCCCUCCCCCCCCCCCCCGGACGGGGCCGCUGUGACCUGGCGGGGUCGGGGCGCGCGGUUGCCAGGCUGGGGAUGCGCUGCACUAAUCUCGGAAUGUUUGAUAAUCAUUGAAGGACGGGAGUCGUCUCCACAAACAUCGGACAAGUUGUGACUUGCAGUCGUCUCUCUUCUCUGCGUCCGCGGCGUGCGAGCGGUCAGAGCGCGGCUGGCAGGCGACUCGGUCACUUCUCUUCCACACCGCGUGCCGCCAUCAUUGUCACGUCUCACCAAAUACAAGACCGUCCAGAAUUAUUCCGCAAAAUAUAUUCACGCCUUUUAUUUUCUCGCCAAUCGACCAGAAUUCAGAGAAAAGUCGCAGAAGACGUCUGACGCGUUUCACAAGUUCCUCAGGCGCGCCCCGUGACGCGGUUCGCCAUUUCCAGCCGAUGAUGGAAGACCCCCCUGAUUCCCUCCCGCAGGCCGUGCUGGCCCAGCUGUCCCAGGUGGCGGAAGAGACAUCCUCGCGGUCCGCCGCCCUCGUGACUCGCCGGAGUUCGCACUGCGUGGAAAUGAUGCCGCGCACGCUCGUGCGUCUGAGAAGCAUAGAGGAGCGGCGCGCCGCGUUCUCCCGCCGCAGCUCUGUGGUCAGCAACGUUCCGUUUUCCCGCAAGAACUCUCUGUGCGCCACGGGGCCCAACCGGCGCCUUUCUAUAGGGCCCUGGGCGCACUUCGGACGCGUCAGCUUCUCCGGACUUCCCCUCUACCCUCCCAUCCAGGAGAUCCGCUACGAGAACACCUACAGGACCGGGCCGGACCGCGGCUUCAACCUGAGCUGGGCGCGGCGGGUUCUGGAGGCGGUGCUGAGGAACCACCUGACUGACAUGGAUUACAGCGCCGCCAGCGGCGGGCAGCGGGCGCAGAACCUCUCCGAUCUGAUCCGCAGCCGCAUGAAGGAGCAAUGCCCGCCCCGCUACAAGGUGCUGUGUCACGUCAUCAUGGGCCAGAUGGGCAACCAAGGCCUGAGGGUGGCAAGCCGCUCCCUCUGGGACCCCCAAACCGAUAACUUCGCCUCCGCCACCUAUUCCAACGCCACCUUAUUCGCCGUCGCCAUGGUGCACGCCUCUUAUUAUGAGUGACGCCCCCUCCUGCAAUCCAUUCUGGUCUCCGCCCCUCCUGCCAUCCAUUCUUGUCUCCGCCCCCUCCUGCCAUCCAUUCUUGUCUCC